AUGCUUCUAUCCGCGCGCCCAUUCCCUCCCGCUACAGAGAUAUACGACCAACACAGUGCUGAGAUACGGCGGCGGUCGCCACUAGCGCCACCGCUUAUUGCUUCAGGGCUUCACCAUCGUCAGCGUCAGCGUCAUCGUCAUCGCCAUGUGUCGGACCACCCUGAUCGUGUUCUCGGCUCUCUUCGCCGUUUCCUUCACGCAUGUGAACGUCAACUGCUCUGCCGACUGAUGACGUCAUCGACUCGCAGGGCCAUGGAACAGCUAGCGUUAAAGAGAUCGCGGUUACUGGCACUGCAGCAGCUACUGAAGGAACUGGACAACUCAUACGAGACUAUACAGAAGCGCACGUGCCUCAUGAACGGCGGAAUGUCGCACUCGUGCGACUACAGCGAGAUGUCGCCGGGCAGGUGACAAGAUGCGAUACUGACGCAGCGCCAUCAGCCGGGUAGGCGACGCCGGCCCGCCGCCUGCGCCGUCCAGCCACGCGGCCCCCUCAGCGACUACUGCAGCUGCCUCAGCGUUCGCA